AUGUGUUGGCGGACAGUUAGCCUAUCUACGAAGUAUUCACAAAAGUCCCGCAACACCAGGGCAUUUCUAGCAGCCGGAUCAGGGAAGUACAAAGAUUCGUCCUCGGGAAUUUAUGAGAUAUGGGGUGCCCUGAGUUUCGUUACAGACUUUUUACUGACUAGUCAAUGA